AUGAGUGAUUCUAUCGCUCACAAAAUAAAGGAGGAGGUGGCUAUGGCGGUGCAAAAAGAAUUUGAUAAAGGUCUUCCUAAACCUCCCAAGUAUAAUGGGGAUCUCGACCCUAUUGUGAGUACCAAGUGGAUAAAUGAAAUUGAGGGAGCUUUUCGUAUUACAAAGACUCCCUCAGAAGAUAAAACGUUAUAUGGGUUGAGUAUGUUGACUGAUAGAGCAAAGUUGUGCUCAGUUUUGCCAGAAUAUCUGAAGGAUGAUAAACUGUUGAAAGAACAUUUUUACCGUAAGCUCCGUAAGAGUAUUAGAGAGAAGAUCACUCUUCUCCAAAUUGAAACUUUUACUCAGUUUGUUGAUGUGGCGAGAUGGCAUGAGGUUGAACAAGGUAUGCCAGAUGAUGAUUCUUUGAAAAGAAAGGCAGAACAAAGUGAUUCAUCGAAUAAAAUGUUUCGACCCAGUGGAAGUUCAGGAGGUAGCACUUUUAGGAGGAAUGCUCCCACAUGUACAAAUUGUGGAAAACAUCAUUUUGGAUGCUUGCCCAGUGUUAGCAGAGGAAGAAAGGCUUUGAGAAGAGUUAAUGAGAAGAAAGUGGCCAAGCAAGUAGGAACUCCUAAAGGGAGAUCAUUUCAAAUCUCGGUAGCUCAAGCAAAAGAAUCACCCGAUGUUGUAUCAGGUACUUUUCUAGUUUAUGACACUCCCGCUAAAGUUCUAUUUGAUUCCGGAGCCAAUCGUUCUUUUGUAGCCACUCGAUUCACUAAAUGUAUUCAUUUACAACUAUCUUUUCUUGAAUCUCCAUUGUUGGUGGAAGUAGCGGGUGAUCAAACUUAUGUGAUUAAAAAUGUAUAUUUAGGUUGUAGCUUGACCAUAAAUUUUGAAAACUUUAAAGCCAAUCUUAUUCCUAUGGGUUUGGGAGAAUUUGAUGUGAUUUUAGGUAUGGAUUGGCUUGGCCAACAUGAGGUGAGUAUUUGUUGUACCGAUAAAAGUGUUCACCUUAAGACUCCUAAUGGUAAGGAUAUGGUCAUCUAUGGUGAAAGAAAUCAAGAUUCAUUACCAUUGUGUACUUAUGCUCGAGCUCGUCGACUUAUUUCUCGUGGAUGCAAAGCUUUUCUUGCUCAUGUUAUUGACUCUAAUAAGGAAUCUAAAUUAAUAUCCGAAAUUCCCGUUGUUAAUAAAUUUAUUGAUGUUUUUCCCGAUGAUUUACCCGGUUUUCCUCCCGAUAGACAAAUUGACUUUAAGAUUGAUCUUGUUCCGGGUGCAACACCCAUUGCUAAAGCUCCGAAUCGUCUUGCUCCAACUGAAAUGCGAGAGAUGAUGGAACAACUCCAAGAACUUCUUGAUAAGGGUUUUAUACGCCAAAGUAGUUCUACAUGGGGUGCUCUCGUAUUGUUUGUUAAAAAGAAAGAUGGUAGUUUGCGGAUGUACAUUGACUAUCGUGAACUCAAUAAAGUCACCAUAAAAAAUAAGUAUCAUUUGCCUCGCAUUGACGAUAAUUUUGAUCAACUUCAAGGAGCAUCGUAUUUCACAAAGAUCGAUCUUCAUUCGGGUUAUCAUCAACUUAAAGUUUGUGAAGAAGACGUUCCUAAAACCGCAUGUAGGACCCAUUAUGGUCAUUAUGAAUUCUUGGUCAUGCCUUUUGGUUUGACAAAUGCUCCUGUGGCUUUUAUGAAUCUUAUGAAUCGGGUUUGCCGUCCUUUUCUUGAUAAAUCUGGUAUUGUUUUUAUUGAUGAUAUUUUAAUUUAUUCAAGGUGUCAAACCGAUCAUGAAAGGCAUCUUCGUGAAAUUCUUGAAACACUUCGUCGAGAGAAGUUAUAUGCUAAAUUUUCUAAAUGUGAAUUUUGGUUGCGGAAGGUGAAAUUCCUUGGACAUGUUGUUAGUCAAGAUGGAAUUAAAGUUGAUCCGGCGAAAAUUAGUGCAAUCAUGAAAUGGGAGCCUCCUAAGUCCCCGACGGAAAUUCGUAGUUUUCUUGGUUUGGCGGGUUAUUACCGUCGUUUUAUUCAAGAUUUUUCCUAG